AUGUGGGACUCGAAUACAAAGCUAACAAUUUACUUCUAGCAUAAGGAAUUUAAAGGAGAAAAGGAAAUAAUGACAUUCUUUUCAGAUUGGCUGAACAUUUUUCCAGGGAUUGCCUUGCUCGUUUUUAUGUUCAGGGAAAAUAAAUUAGGGGCUAUAUUAUAUGGUUGCAUGAUAAUGUUCAUUGUUUCAUUGAACUCUUUGCUUAAAAACAUGUAUCAUUAGGCUAGACCAUUUUGGACUGAAGAAGACAUAAAAGGACUGCAAUGCAAUAAAGAAUUUGGCAAACCAUCUGGUCAUGCUAUGUAAUCAUCUUUGAUGUGUUUCCUAUUGCCUUGUAUACUAUUUCCAGCGGUAUGGAGAGAUUAGGAAAAGUAUAUUAUAAACUUAAAUUAGUGUAAAAUAUCCCAAAAUACUCAGAGCAAUAAGCAUAGCAAUAAUAGUGAUUUGGACCUUUGUCACUGGAUUAUCGAGAGUGUUUUUUGGAGCACACACUUUUGGAUAAGUACUAUUAGGUUGGGUGUAUUCUGGUUAUGUGAUGAUAAAUUAUAUGACUUAUGUUCAUGAGAAAUUGAUUAAGUAUUUUAAGACAUGUUUGGCAACAGGAGGACCUGGAAUUGGAAGAAGAACCAUUUAUGUUUCAACUAUAGUAACUUUUAUAUGGAUAAUGAUUUCUUAUCUUUUUUACAGUUUGAAUCGCAAUGAAAUACUAAUUAACAAUGGAGAAGUUGAAAUGUGGUUGAAUGCUAUGUUAAGAAAAUGUGCUUCAUAAACUAAUCCUUAUAAAUUCAAAAGUGCAUCUGUGCUUUAAAACAAUUGUUUCAAUAAUAGUUUUUAAAUACUGUUCAUUUAUUUUCUCCUUUUGGGAACUAAAAUCUGUGGAGGCACCUAUGAUGAGGAUAAGUUUUAUUAGAACUACGCAAAGUUAAAAUGGAGUCUAAAAGUCUUUAGAGUUGUGGUGUUGCUAGUAUUACUGUUGAUAGUGGAACCGUUCGUAUUUUUCAUAGUUACUGAACAUCUGUCAGCAGUAAUACUGUUCCAAACUAUUCCAAUCUGCUUCUUCGGAGGAUUUGUUCUUACUUAUUUUUACUCGAAGUCUCUGUUUUAUUUGGGUCUAAAUAUACAGGGUGACUUUCUCAAUGCUGAGAGUAGAGUAAUUUCGACAAAGAUUCAUGCAAAUGGAGUGUGA